AUGGUAAAUGAUAUCUCCGCCAAGCCACUAUUAUUAUUCACCGCGGCCAUAUUAGCGCCAUGUCUCAACACAUUUGCACAAUUUAACCACUUUGGUGAGCACCUCAACACACAUACCGGCAGCGAAUGCGCAUUGAUACUCUCGGGACCCGGACGCUCAUCAGUCUAUGAUUACAAUGUGAAUCUUUUCCGUGGCACAAUAAAUCCCUACACAGCAGAUAGCACCUGCAUUACCUAUGAUGCAGUGAACGCCGCCUAUUUGGAUGCUCGAAAGCGAAUCCAUGUGGCGCAGCCGAAAGGUGAUUGGAAAACGGAAGAAUUGGCUACAGUCGGUGAGCUGCUGCUGGACAUUUCGAUACAGUUAGCGAGGACUUACGGCCUGUCUUAUGAAGAAAUUGAAAAAGGUCUGCCCACUAUUGACACAUCGAAAACCCUCAUUCGAGAUGUGUGCCCACCUUUUUUUGCGGGAGUUGAGUGCCGACCGGGAAAAUAUCGCCGCUUCGAUGGGCUGUGCAAUAACAUCGAUCAUCCCACUUGGGGUGCCACCAUGGCGCCGUUCCAGCGUCUGAUUGGUCCACUAUAUGCGGAUGGUAUAAAUGCACCACGCAUUUCAGUGACCGGACAUGAUUUACCAAUUUCUCGUAUUGUUUCGCGUACAAUGCAUCCGGAUGAUGGUUACCACGACCACGCUGGCACUGUCAUGGUGAUCGCUUGGGGACAAUUCAUGGAUCACGAUUUCACACUUACGGGUACACCGCUGGAUCCUAUCAAUCGAAAUGAUCCGGAAGAGUGCUGCAAACGUCCACUACACCUUAAGCAUCCAUAUUGCAAUGAGAUUCGGGUUCCAGACGAUGACUAUUUCUAUCGGCUCUUUAAUGUGAAAUGCAUUGAUUUUGUACGCGCUUUCCCAUCACCACGGCCCGGCUGUCGGCUAGGGUCGCGCCAACAAUUCAAUACACUCACUGGUGUGAUUGACGCCAACACUGUAUACGGCGUUACGGAAAAGUUCGCUCGAAAGCUUCGAACUGGCUAUGGUGGCUUAAUGCGUAUGAAUCCCGUCUUCCAAGAAUAUGGGCUUAAGGAUUUGUUGCCAUUGAAGCUCGACAUACCCGAUGAGGGAUGCACGCGCCCGAACAAAAGCAUGUUUUGCUUUGAAGGAGGUGAGAUUCGGGUGAACGAACAGCUGGUGCUAACGUGCAUGCACACAUUGAUGGCGCGCGAACAUAAUCGCAUAGCGACCGCAUUAGGCCAAAUCAAUAAACAUUGGGACGAUGAAACGAUUUUCCAAGAAGCACGUCGCAUCAAUAUUGCUAUUGUGCAACAUGUGACGUAUAACGAGUUCUUACCGAUAUUAUUGGGCAAAGAGGUGAUGGAGAAGUUCGGUUUGGUGCUACAGAAGGAUGGCUACUGGGAUGGCUAUGACUCCAAAGUCAAUCCUGGUAUUAUUGAUGCUUUUGCUGGUGCUGCAUUUCGUUUUGGACACUCUUUACUACCCACCGCCGUGGAGCGUUGGUCUAAAGCACAUAAAUUUAUAGCCUCGAAACGUUUAUCGGAUUUAAUUCGUCGCCCGUAUGACUUGUAUCGUGCUGGUGUGCUAGAUGAAUAUUUUAUGGGUUUGAUGAAUCAAGUGGCGCAAGCGAUGGAUGACUCAAUUACACAGGAGGUAACGAAUCAUCUCUUCAAAAAAGAGGGUGCGCGAUACGGAUUGGAUUUAGUGGCGUUUAAUAUGCAGCGUGGCCGUGAAUUCGGUUUGCCUGGUUAUAUGGAAUUUAGAAAGUUCUGUGGCCUGCCCACCUCGACAUCGUGGGAGGAAAUGUUUGGUUCAAUGCCAAACGACACAAUUGUUCGUUACGAAAGCAUUUUUGAACAUCCAGCUGAUAUUGAUCUUUGGUCGGGCGGUGUUUCAGAGAAGCCUUUACCGGGUUCUAUGCUGGGACCCACCUUUGCAUGCGUUAUCGCAACUCAGAUGAGUUACUCUCGCCGGGGCGACCGUUUCUGGUAUGAGCUUCCGAACCAACCAUCAUCAUUCACUCCAGAGCAGUUACAAGAACUGCGAAAGGCCAAGCUAUCACGCCUUAUAUGUGAUAACACCGAUCUUAUCGACACCGUACAGAUAUACCCUAUGGUGUUGCCAGAUCAUGAAAUUAAUCCAAGGGUGCCUUGCAAGAGCGGCAUAAUUCCAUCAAUUGAUCUGACAAAAUGGGCCGACUACUCCAGUCCCGAAGUAGGACAUCAGCCAGUAUACAACUUUAUUAAUGAAAUACCUGACACAUUGCUGAAUUUUAAGAAAAAAUAGACUGGAUAGCUGGAUCAUGAACAAGAUGAGGCAAACGUCUUUUUAAUUUGUUGAUUUAAUUUUGAAAUUUAACGUUAAGUAUUAAACUUUGGGCGUUAAAACAACUAAAGUAUAGAGAUUUGGAACGAAUAGCGCUAUUACAUUUACUUUCUUCAAUUUCUACAUUCA